GGAGGAAGAGGGAACGAGAGGGAAGGGAGAGCAGAGGAGCUUAGAGAGGGGAUCUGCAUUGUAAGUAGCUCUGAGAGCAGCAAGUGGUGGUGGCCGUUUUUCAACCUGUUUUUGUUUUCUCGAGGAGCAGGAGAACGAGAAGGAGAAGUGUCAGGAGGAAGAACACAGAGUUGAACAAGUCUCAGCUGUGUUUUUUUUAAAAGAUAGAGAGAAGAAGCUGUAGGAGGAGAAGUGGGAAAGAAUCCAGGAGGAACACAAGGCAGCAAUGGAUAGAAGAGUGGCUCAGUCUGACCCUGGGAUGGCCUGGAUUCUCACACUGCUGCUGGCCACCAGCCAGCACACGCACUAGACUGCUAACGCCAACGAGCCUGUCAGGAGAGCCAACUUUAUGACCCACUGCUGGGUUCUUACACACGCUCCCUGUAAAUAUUCAAUCAGGAAUGGUGCCUGCUCGCUAUUGUGGGCGGAGCGGAAGGUAGAUCAACAACCAGAGUGACAGCUCCCAUGUUUUCGUUCAGCCAUGCUCCCUGGGUAUGGAUUCUCACCUUUUCCUGAUUUCCAACCUCACCUUCAUGCUUUUCGCUGCGGGGGAGAGAGCCCCAGCAUGUGGAUCCCUGGCUCAGGAGAGUCCCAGGCUCUGAGCGAGGUCCAGGAGGACAGGCCUCUCCUGCACCCGUGCCAUCUCAAGCAUGUUGCAGUGUGCCAGGAGGAAACCUUGGCUUUUAUUGAGCUACAACCACCAGUGACUCCGAAACUAAACGGCCUCAGCUCCCCAAGGCAGGCUGUUACUCCAGAUGCACAAUGCAUAACACACACUCUUUCAUUGAGUGGUUACAGACACACACUAAAUGAGCUGAACGACAUGAAGAACGGCUGCCACAGGACAGACAAUGAACAUGAAACAACUUUGAAUUUAAACUCUCAUACAGCAGUGGGCGAUGGCGAACCCGAGCGGACUGAAAAGCCACAAACUGUCACCACGGUAUGUCAUCCCCCCCACACAGCUCUUAGCCUCCCUCUGUCGUUCCCUCUGUCCUCUCUAUACACAAACACAGACUCAUGGGAAUCUCAGUUACCUUGUUCACCAUCCUCACCUGAAGGUCCAGGGUGUCUGAGCCAAAACUCCUGCCAGCUACAGAGGAGAACAUCACAGGGUUCAGUGAAAGAAAAGUCUAUCCGGCGAAAGAUGCAGGUUUAUUCUCCAGAUAGCACGAGUGAUGAGUCCCUCAGCAGCCCGAUCCUGGACUACAUCUUCCCUGGACCUUUUGCAUCCUUUCUGGAGGAGGACCUCAGUGGAUUAUCCUCCCUGGAGGCUAUGUCAAGUCCCACAUCCACAGACGGUGCUACAGAUCUCCCAGGCCUCAGUCAUGAGGAUAUUUUUGAUCUAACCACAGAACCACUGCAGAUAAUAGAGGACUCAAUACUGGGGAUGAGGGAAGAGAGCGGGAGUGUAGAGAUGUCCAGUGCCUCGGGGGGGAGCAUUUUGUCACGCAGUCGUCAUGGGGACCAAGAGCGGCGACGCUUCUCAGCCUCAGAACUCAUAUCUAGACUUCAGCUGUCUCAGAGGAAGAACUCCUUCACCCUGAAGCUCGGGAAGUCGCUGUCAGCACGGGUAGCCUCCAGGGAAAGACAGGGCUCCAACAGCCUCUGUCCCAACCCUGACUAUAAGUCCAACUCCAGGCACCAAAGCUCAGGAGGUUCUAGUAACAGCGCCCCCCACAGUCCUGAAGGACCUGCACCUCCUCUGCCCAGCAGUGACAAUGGGAUGCCGCUGAAUAGAUGGAGCACAAAACUCGGAAUGCGAAAGAAAUCCAUUGAAGACGACUUGGCCACACUUCCAACUGUAGCUAAUUCAAAUCGGCUGUCAAGGUUUUUACCGAGUUCGAUUCUGUACCAGGAAUACAGUGACGUCGCCAUCAACAGAGAGAUUCAGAGGCAACAGGGGAAGGAGCCGGGCACAGAGGACGAGGGGCUCAGGGACGAGGGGUCUGACGGGAACCCGUCUCCAUCAAACCUGUCUCCAUCCAGCUCCUUCCGCUCCUCACGAGGUUCUGCUUUUGCCCUGUGGCAGGAUAUACCCGAUGUAAGAACCAGUGGUCAGCUUGACAAUUUCAGCAAUGAGGAGAGGAAGUUACAAGAGGCAAAGUUUGAGCUGGUGACCUCUGAAGCAUCGUACAUCCGCAGCCUAACCAUCGCUGUGGACCACUUCAUGCUGUCGCAGGAGCUCGCUGAGUGUCUUGGAGCUCAGGAUCGGCAGUGGCUCUUCUCCAAGUUGCCUGAGGUCAAAGAUGUCAGUGAGAGGUUCCUUCAGCACCUGGAGCGCAGACUGGAGCUAGACAUUCUGCGUUUUGAUGUGUGCGACAUUGUCCUGGAUCACUGCCCGGCUCUGAGAAGGGUUUAUUUACCUUAUGUAACCAACCAGGCCUACCAAGAACAGACAUACCAGCGUUUGCUGCACGACAACCCUCGUUUCCCCGGCAUCCUGGCUCGUUUGGAGGAGGACCCCAUCUGCCAAAGACUUCCCCUGACCUCUUUUCUAAUCCUCCCAUUUCAGAGGAUCACACGGCUUAAAAUGCUGGUGGAGAAUAUCUUAAAGAGGACAACACCGGGCUCCCGAGAUGAGGACACUGCCACGAAAGCUUUCAAUGAGCUGAAAAAGAUCAUCAAAGAAUGUAACUCCAGUGUACAGUCGAUGAAGAGGAUGGAGGAACUGAUUCACCUCAAUAAGAAAAUAAAUUUCGAGGGAAAGAUAUUUCCUCUGAUCUCUCAGUCUCGCUGGCUGGUGAAACAUGGUGAACUCCUGGAGGUGGACACGCAAACAAUGAGUAUUUCUGGAUCCAAGCUGAAGUUACCCACCAAGCCUGUGUACCUGCACCUGUUCAACGACUGUCUCCUGCUGUCCAGGAGGAAGGAUACCUUGAAGUUCAUGGUGUUCGUACAUGCCAAGAUAGGAGAGCUGAAAGUGAAGGAUCUCAGUCAGAAGCUGCAGGGCAUCUCAGGCUUCAUCUUCCACCUGCAGCUGUGUGUAGGCCAGCAGCUCAAACACCAGAUCCUGCUCAAAUCCCACACUGAGAGCGGGAAGCAGAGAUGGAUCACAGCAAUGUUUCCGUCCGACCCUUUGGAAGACAUCGAGCAGGCCAAUGAGAAUGAUGAUAUAUCCCAGGUCCAGUGCAUCAAAAGCUAUCAGGCCCAGGAGCACGAUGAGUUAACACUGGAAAAGGCCGACAUUCUUCACGCUAAGACCAUUACAAGUGAUGGUUGGGUGGAAGGCAUCCGACUGUCAGAUGGGGAACGGGGCUGGUUCCCCAAAACCUACGUGGAGGAAAUCACGAGUCGCAGCGCGCGCCUCCGCAACCUCCGGGAAAAUAUCCGCAUCAAAUGUGUCACACAGAAACUGGAGGGAGAUGAGUGACCAGUUUAACAGCAGCUCGUCCUGUGUCAGAGGUGCAAUUUAACCGUUUAAUUUUUAAGGCUGCUGGAUCAUUCUUUUAAUUCUAGAUGGAUGUGGGAGCCUUAUGUAGUUUGCGUGUUCUUCCAAAAGCUGACACUUUUGACUGCUCUUACUAAUUGCCUUUAAUAUGCUUACUAUUACAGUACAAAGCUUCUGCUUUUCCGUCACAGUUUUACAAUAACACUAAUUCAUACAACAUAAGUCUGUUGACGCAUGCUGUCUGUGAAGGCAUUUUAAUACGAUUCAAAAUUAGAGAAAAAAAUCUAGUAUCUAUAUUAUAAAUGUGGAGUACACUGUGCAUGAAUGCACAUUAAGUAGAAUGCAUCCUUAACACAUCUAACUAUAAGGGUUAACCCUAACCCUAACCCAACUCUUAUCCGCAGCAUGUGGAUAAUUUAGCGUCUGUGACUUUUUCUUAUGCAGUAAACUGAGCUCUGUGACGUGCAGGACAUUUAUUCAUGUAUUAUUACCACAGUAGAAAGUCACCUGAGGCAGAUCCUGCUGCUGAGCUUCAUCCCACACAUCACAGGCUUCUUAUCUUUGGUCUUUGUUCUGCUGCUUUCAUUUCAGUACACUACACAUCAGAAACACUACAGCGCACCAGUUAGUUUCCCUCCAUGUGUUAAAGAGAUGGAUUGUUAAAAUAAGCCUUAAUAUUUAUUAAAAAGGAAAACACUGUCCCUGUAUGUACUGUAAAUGGUGUGUAGUAACAGUAAUCCGAACUGCAUGAACACUCACAAUUGGGUUAGGUUUAGUUAUUAUUAUUUUUACUGAAACUGUAAUGUCUGACUGUCUCUUUAGAGGGCUGCACUACACAAAUACUUUCAAUGCUCCAAUAGGAUUGUUAAAGUAAAUAUUUUUUUUAAUUCCAUGAAAGAACCAAAGCACAACAAUACAUUUAUUUUACUGACAAGUGUUGUCUAUCAGAGCUUAUUGUCCUGAUUCAUAAAGUUACUACUGGGACUUCACACCAUCCCACUGUUGUAAAUACCGACUAGAGUAUUAAAUAUAUAUUAAUCUGCCUGUGAAUAUAGUCCCCGACAAAUUCACUGUUAACUCAGGUUGAAAUAAUAUUUUGGUAAAAACUUCAGUUCCGAGUUAUUUUAGUGAUUUAUGAAAUAUUUGUUUUGAUAUAUGCUCAUGACAUGUCUGUUUUUAAAGGCAUUGAGCCCCUGGCAGGAUAUAAUGGACUUGUAAUUUAAAGCAAAAAAAUCAAUACCAAAUUCAAAAUGUGCAAAUGUAGCUUCAAAGUACAGAUCAAUUUAGCAGCAGAUCAGUGAGGCUUGAUGUUACUGCAUUACACUAAUACAACACAAAACAAUAGCACUGAGUUGAAUCAAAGCCUUUAUAUCAAUAGUGUUAAAAUCCCCAUAUGAUCCAUAGUGCAGUUUAACUGUGCUAAAUCUGUUGUUAAUGAACCACUCUAAUCAACAUUCAAAUGUAAAAUCUACUAGUGGCACAUUAAAUGUUUAUAACCCAACUUUUUUUUCUUUCUCUAAGUUGUUAGUUGUAAUUUAAGUGGUUGCUAUGGUUGCCUGUGUAUUUAUACUCCUCUAGCUGGUUGUUCUCUAAGGAGAUUCUUGAUGUAAAUGUACUUUUCUGUAGAUGGCCACAUGUAUAAAGAGUAGAAAAUUGUUCAUUUACUUUUUUUAACAGUAAUUUAUAUAUAAAAAGAUAUGAUGGCAUUCCAUAGUUAGAAACUUUGCAUUCAGAGUGAUUUCUAAUACCACAGUGAAUAAAGAUACUGUGAUACACUGGAUGUUUACUGGAUAUCUCAACACUACUGUAAAUGUUUAACCACUGAAAUAAAAACACUUCCAUUCUA